GGACAAUGAAUUGAUUCUUGCUGUGAGCUGCCAACUGGUACUCUGUGAAGGCAGCAACGGUUGCGCUUACAUCACGUCCAUUACUCAAAGCGGGGCCCAAAACCUGCGUGCUCCCGGUGCUCCCGACUGCGCUGAGGCCGUCUCAGGCCUGCCGCCGGGCGCCAGACCAGGGCCAGACCCGUAGCUUCUGCCAGGCUAGCAGUAAUUGAUGCCUGCAAUGCCUUUCCUACGGCGCAGGGUCAAGCCUCUCUGCGCAUCUUUAGCUUGAUUUGCAUGUCACUGCUGCGGGCUCUGUCAACGGCAGUGCGUCACAUCGCACAUUCGUACUCAACCCCUCUCAACCCAACAACCCAAGCAGAAGGGCGGCGUCGUUUGGCACCGCAGCUCCAGAUGCCCGCGCAUGCGGCGCAAGGUGGCGUCGUGUGGCACGCCGUGGGUUACUGCCCGCGGGUGCCCGCGCCUGGCAGCAGUCGGCGCGCUUGAUGCAGCAAUUGACGUCUUCCGGUCGAACGCAUAUCACAUAUCGUAGAUCACACUGAGUCGUUAUUGUAAUUAUAUGACAGCGGCUUAGCGCUACGCUUAGCCUCAUUUUCAAUAAUCGUGGCCCCAAUCGCGCUUUGCUUUCAAGUGUUUAUCGGUAUUAGAUGUAGGUAGCGAAUACGGCAAGCGGCCAGGCGCUCGUGGCGGCCGUGUCCGUAGCGCAGGCAAGGAGGGUUGCUUGGGUUGCUCCGCUGCCUGCCCACCCCGUCGGCUUUGCUUGGGCUGGCAUGGGCUCGGACCGACGCACCAAGAAGAAGGCCUCACGCAGAGAGCGCGGCCGCAGCAGGAGCCAUAGCAGUGAGCGGGACGCAGACGCUGGUACCCGAUCACGACGGCGCCGGACAGGCAGUACUGCAAGUGCCAGCGAGAGCCGCAGCCGGAGCCGGGAUCGGCGCCAAGAGCCGGCCGGCCGGAGCAGGCGCCAGAGCCAAAGCUUCAGCCGGAGCAGGAGCAAUACACGGAGCGGAAGCCCUAGUAGAGAUGACACGGACAGUGAUAGCACCCAUGGCGGGGCAUCUACAAGCCGGCGGCGAAAAGGCGCCCGCAGGAGCCGGCGCAAAUACAGCCCGCUCAGUCUCCGGCUGAAAGCCAUCGAGUACGUAACGCAUGGCAGGCAUAAGAAGCUGAGGCGGCUGCUCCGGCGCCAAGGCCACAGCCUAGGAGCUUUGGCUGCGCUUGACAGCGGGGGCCGGCGGACGCUUCUGCAUGAGGCAUGCGCAUGCGGUCACGCCCGAGUGGCGCGGGUGCUGCUGAACCACGGCGCCCCAGCCGGGCUUGCAGAUGCCGCUGGCGACACGCCCGCGCACCUGGCGGCUCGGGCCGGUCACCUGGAAGUGCUGGCGGAAGUGAUGCAGGCGGUGGAUGCGCCGCCCGUGGAGCUGCCGGGCGCGGGCGGCGUCACGCUUCGAGAGCUCAUGACGCAGGCCCUGGGUGGUGGCGGCGGUGGAGCCGGCGAUGGCAGGGGCGCCAUGACUGGGCUCGGUGGGGCCGCGGCAAACGGGCAACAUGCCGUCAAGGAGGAUGACGAGGAGGAGGCGUGGCGGCGGCGCCUGCGGGAGGAGUACAGCGACGGAGAGGGCGGCGGCGGGGGCGGCGACGACUGGGGUGGAAAUGGCGCUUUUGGCGGUCCGGCCGUGGAGGACGACGACGCUUGGGCAAACCGCCUGUGGAAGGAGAUGCAACAACGGCGGAGGGCGGCGGCGGCUGCCAGCGCGGCGUCGUUCACGGCCAACUUGCGGGAAGAGACGGCGCGCAAGGCGGCGGAGGCGGAGGCGCGCAGCCGCCGCAUCCUGCAGGAGGAACAAGCCAAGGACGCGGCGUGGCGCCGGCGUACUGUCCUCGCACUCGAGGCCGGCCCCUCGGAGCCGCCUCUGGACCUGGUGGCCGCCCGCGCCGCGUACGAUAUGCAGUGGGAGCAGCUGGAGGCCGCAGCCUUGUCCGCCUCCUCUUUGGCAGCAGCAGCGGCGGCAGCGCGGGCCCCGCUACAAUAUUGGGACAUCCCCUGGCCGCUGGAGGGCCUCCAUGGCACCGGCGGCAGUGCUGGCAAGCGGCCGCCGCCGGCGCACGCGCCGCCGCCGCCGCGGGUGGACGCGCUGCGUGACUUCUUCCUGGUCGGGGCGUCUGGGCCGGCCGACAUCAAGAAGCGUCUGCGUGUGGAGCUGCUGAGGUGGCAUCCCGACAAGUUCGGCGCGCGGUUUGGCGCGCGGUUGGAGGCAGCGGGGCAUGCGCACCACGCCAGCGCAUUGGCGCGCGUGACGGAGCUGGCCAAGGUGCUGACGCAGGUUCUGUCAGCGGGCUAAGGCUGAGCGUGAUGCUGAGGCAGAGGCUGCAGCGGCGCCUGGUGGCGCCUCAAGGGCCCAGUCGUGCUGGGGUGCUCGGACGGGCUAGUGAAGGCUAACUGGCGUGAAGACAAUCGCGCGCUGACUGCAGCUGCGGACAAGGAGCCUACGCGUCUGUGUAAGGGGGGCUGAGGGAUACGCUUUGUGAUGCGGCGUGGCUGGGAUGGCGCGGGCCGGGAUAGGUACCGGGUGCCCAACAAGCGAUGGCGGGGCGCAUGGGUACCGAAGACAACGAAUGCGCACGGUGGCGGUCAUUGUCACGGCACGACAGGCGACGGCAGCAGACCUUGCAGCAGACGACGUACAAUGCUGUGCGGGAGUGGCACGCAUCUGCAGGGCAUAUCGGCGUCAACGUGUAGGGGGGAAGUGGUGGCGCACGCAGGCGCACGAUUGGUUGAACGGUUGAAGGGCUCCGGUCCGGAGUCCUUGAGUGCUUUAUAGAUGGGAUACGUUCUACUUGCAUACUUCAAUUGCAAAAUAGCUGUUCAAGAAUGAAAUUAGACGUGAACGUGCUGCGAUACCUGUCAAAAGAUGAUUUCCGCGUGCUUACUUCCGUGGAAAUGGGCCAGAAGAACCACGA